AUGGCCGCGAACGCCGGGCGCAAAGCGAGAGCUAGCAAAGUCUCCGAGGAUUCGAUCAGCGGUAUGGUGGGGCAAUUGAAUCGGAUCGAAGAAUGGAGAAUCAAGCCGGAAUUGGGCGAGUCCCACCGACUGCCGGUGCAAAGAGCCGGCGAUGGAAAGUUGGCGGAGAAAGUAGAAGUCAAGAAAGAACGUCGCUCAGUUUGGGACUCAUUGGGACCUCCGCCGAAGAGAAAAGAGCAGGGUAAGUCGAUUUUCUCCGUUUCCUUUGUCAUUAAUUUCGGAAAUAAUAGCUUGAAAUUUGCAAAAAACUGUGGAAAAAGUUCCUUAUUUUGGCCACAACAAAGGUACUCCGCGAACUGCGCCCAAGCUUGGGCACUAAAGUUAGGAAAAAAACGCUUCGACCUAGCUGGCACUGAAUUACUAUAAUAAUAGCUCUAUAGUUUUAAGGGUACCUACGAAGGCUGUGACGACUCAUUUAGUUCCAUACGGAGGCAAUAAGUUUAGUUCCGGACAUGUUUCAUCGUAUAAAGUGUAAAAUCACAGGCUGCAGCCUUUUUUGAAGGGUAAGAUGGUACGUAAAAAAGAAGGUACCUCACUAACUAAAUCCACUGUCCGGGCAUUGACAACGAUGAAUUAAGCAUGCACGCUAAAUUUGGGCUAAUUCCGACCAGUUUCCGAAAGUUGUGGCCAAAAUAAGGAACUUUUACGAAAACGGUGAUUUGACAACACUCAGGGACCCUAUUUUUUGGCAAAUAACUUUGCGUUUUAAAGCCUUCAGGAUGUUACAGUAAUAAUAGUUUUAUAUAUUUUGCCUAUAAGACUGGCCGAUGUAAACUACAGAGGUCGAAAAUAUAAAUGCCUGAAGGCUUGUUAGUCUUAUAAAGCUGUUUUCCGAAGAUACGGCACCUGAGGGCCUUAAAAAUGUAACUUUUGUAAUUCGUUAAAUUUCGAUCAACUCGUUUCUGGUCAAGCACUACAAAAACAUUUUCAGCCGAUCCAGCCAGUUCUUGGGCCCAUGAAAUAGAGUUGAGUCAAGACGCCGCCUUCCAAAUGUUGAAUGCCGCCAAUGAUCUGCUUCAGAGGGCCGCCAGAAAAUUGGAUCGCGCCACGAAGAAGGAGGCCAGUCUAAUGUAUGAGAAAAGCCGCCUCAAACAAUGGGACUUUGAGUUGCACAACAAGGAAAACAGACUGAAGGCUUGGGCAAGGGAUCUCACCAAACGCGAAGAGGUACGUUGUCUUUGGAAUCAAUCGUUGUACAUAGAAGUGUUUUUGAGCGGUUUCCAGAGAUUCAUUUUGGUGACAACUUGGGAAAUAAUAAAAAAGAUUUACAAAAAUUAAAUUUUUUGGGUUCUUCAAGGGCCCGAUUACCUUGGGAAUAUACAUUUCUUCUGCUAAAAAUCCCUGCGGCAAUUAGGAAGGUCAUUUUUAUAUUUUCCCGAGCACCAUGAGCUCUUCGGCCGCAUUUUUUCGGAAAUAUCGCCUUAGAAGAGUUCAAAAGCCCUGCGGCCAUAUUCCAAGCACUUUGCAAAAAGUCUCAUUUGUUACUUCGAAACAAACUUUGAUAUCGGCAAAAAGCAAAAAAAAUUUGGCAACCUUUUUCAGAAGUACAAAGCUGCUAUUGCCGAGUCCCCCGAAUCCUCUGCAGUGAGCGCCGAAUAA